AUGAUCGAGUUGUUGACGCGUGUUUCUUUCUCUGCUACGCCGGGUAAUGUCACAGCUAUUCUGGGUCCUUCUGGUUGCGGAAAGACAACGUUGUUGAAUGUGAUAAGCGACCGUGCGACGAGCGGGAAGGUGGUUGAGGGUGGUGUGUACUUUAACGGGAACGAAACUCGCGCGAGGAAGAUCCCGGGGGGGAAGGUAGCGUUGUUAAACGCGAACGACCGUUUAUUGCCGUAUUUGUCUGUUCGGGAGACGUUGACGUUUACGGCAUAUCUGAGGAUGCCGGACGCAACGAAGGAGGAGCGGCGGGCGCGAGUGGACGCGAUUUUACGAGAUCUGGCUCUUACACACGCUCAGGACACGAUGAUUGGCGGUGCAUGGAGGAAGGGACUUAGCAGUGGCGAGAUGCGUCGGUGCUCGAUCGCCAUGGAGCUCAUGGGCAAUCCUUCGGUGUUGUUGCUCGACGAACCCACAUCCGGUCUUGAUGCCGUGCUAGCCUAUGAAGUCGUGAGCAUUCUCAAAACACUAGCACAAAAAGGAAGGACCGUAGUAUGUACACUCCACCAGCCUCGGUCCAGUGUUGGCAAACUGCUGGACAACGUCGCCGUAAUGGCGCAGGGCCGCAUCAUCUUCCAGGGCACCAUGGAUGAGUCCCGCCAACACUUCCUUGCCUCAAUGGGCCGGGACAUUAGUCUGCAAGGGAACUACGCAGACGGCUUCCUCGACAUCGCCUCCAACGUGCCCGCCGACCAUCUCGAAACCAGUCGGCAAUCCAGUGACGAUGUGGACCACGGUCGCGAAGCUGGGUCCGUCUCAGCGGCCUCGUACUACGAGUCCUACGAGGGGUCGGAAUCCCAGAGCGAAACCUCGCGACGCGAAGCGUCGCGUCGGAGCGUAAGCCGGUUGUCGCUGGAGGGCAAGCACGGCCAGGCGAUUUGUGAGCGGGCUGCUGACCUGUACGAGGAGAGCCAAUAUUUCCGACGAGUGCAGGAGGACAUCGAUGAGUCGGUAGCUCAGAAGCAGCCGAUAAACGUGGAGAAGCCGAAGAGGAACUGUGUGCUGCGUUACUUGAUGCAGGUGUAUGGCGUCGCAUUCCGCACAUUCCGUAAUUCAUGGAAUAAUCCAAUUGCUUUCCUUAUGUCAAUUGUGGUGCAGUUGGCAAUGGGUAUGUUCCUUGGCUUUAUCUUCUUCCGUUUGCCGUAUAAGUUUUUGCCGGAUCAGAAGCCGAUGUAUGUGGGCGAUGCGAAUUCACCAAUGAUGAAGUUGAUGGAAAGUGCUCCCGUCCGGUUCCUGACGGAAGGUGUAGAUGGACAGGGUACGAACCCGUUCAUCGAUGUCAUUGUGGAUGGUGUUGAUGGGAAAGGCAGCGACCCGUUUCAGACUUUGUUCAACUCCACGGUUAUGUAUCGAUUGGCAAAUAUGAUGCCUUGUGCGCACAGUCGUUUACAGCUGGGUCAGAUGACGGAUAUUUAUGGCGAGACCGACUUCACCGAUUACUACAAGUACUGGAGCGGUACAGGUGAAGGUUUCCAGGGGCUGAAGAGUGGGAACAAAUUCGUGAUUGGUGAGUACAAUCCACCAGCGAUCGUCUCCUCGGUCCUCCAGACGCUGCAAUUUGCUGACUACUUAUUUUACAACCUCCCUUGGCGUCAGGCACAUGCGGUAUGCUAUAAUAACUACCCGGAUUCAUACAUCGCCUGCUUCGGUUGUCACAGCGAAAUAGGUGCGUUCCUGGACGCCGCCUCUGAGUGUACCGAAAUUCCCGAACAACCUACGAAUAUUAUGGCACCGUGUUCAGCCAAGUUGGACUUGGCGGGCGUGGAUGUAUUUGGUCCAGACGACACCUACCUUCCAAAUAACGCGGGCGGGGUCCGAUAUCCAACUGAAAUCCCGGACAAGCCAACCGGGAAGGGUAGUCUGCGGAUUUCAUCGGAACAAUUAGCCAGGUUAAGAGAUACUAUUGCAGACGCAGACACCAAGGGCAGACGACGACGACUGCAGAUUUCGGGUCUUAUGGGUGGUGGUAUUGACCUCAGUUCCGUGUUGCCUGGCUCUGUCGCCGGGCUGAUUGACGCCUGGGAGGACUACAAAGAGGCAUUGGCCGAGUGCACCCACCCGGUGUGUCGUAAAAUCGUGGAAGGACUUAACGCUGAAAGCACAGGCACAAGUGCGCUAGACUACGCGGCCGUUGUGGGGGCUGUACUGAACGUAGCCGGUGCCCUCUUCUUCUCCGUCGCCAGUCUCGGUUUUGGCGCAUACGACGGACUUACAGGUUUGUGUGAAGACCGCCCACUGAUAAACCGAGAGCUGAUGAACAAUACGUACAAGGCAUCUGCUUAUUUCUUGGGUCGCACUAUAGGUGAUUUCUUCUUCCACCUUGUACCUGCCUUCUGUCUGGUCACCUCUUUCUACCUUAUCGUAGACCUUGAUAAGGGUCCGGGUGGUCUCUGGUUUGCCCGAUACCUUCUUGUGUGUCUAGUCCUCUGCACCACCGCCUAUGCCUUCAGCUACUUCCUCUCAUCCAUCUCACCUUCCAUGGAAGUCGCCGUUAUUGCCGCACCCCUCUGUCUAGUUGUACUCAUUUGCUGCUCCGGCUUCUUCGUACGAGACAGCGCGAUACCCACCUCUAUGAACUGGCUCAAGUACAUCUCCUUCUACCGCUGGGGAUUCUUCGCCCUGAUACUCAAUCAAUUCCCACACGGGGAAAACUACUGGGGCGUACCCAACUCGUUCAACCUCGCCCUAAUCGGUGUUGGAGAAACAUCCAUCUGGAAAUGUAUCGGCAUACUUAUCGCACUCGGAUGCGCAUUCAGAGUUCUCGCCUACCUCGGUCUUAAAUACACUCACAGAAGCAUCGGCGUUGAAACUUAA